UCGCAUGAUGGCAAGUUGUUUCUGCAAGAUUUUCAUGAUGUCAAUAAAACAUAUGAUUGUUUUGUUCCUUUUCACCUACGUAGCAUUAAUAAACGGUGCCAAAAUUAGCCUAGAAACUCUGGAUAUAGAACAACUACUCAGCAAUGAAGAGCAGAGAAAAUCUGCAUUUGCUUGUCUUAUGGACCAGAAACCUUGUGGAGAGAUGCAGGGGCUAAGAGAUACAAUCCCCGAACUAAUAAGAACCAAGUGUGGUGAUUGCUCUCCAAAACAGAAGAUGAAGUUUGAUCACAUCUCCAAAGUCCUUUUAGAAGCACAACCUGUCAUUUUCAAUGCUUUAGUAUUAAAGUAUUCCGCUAAAGACAAUUCAUAUGAAUAAAUACUUUAACUGCUA